AUUUUACUAAAAAGACGGAGAAUGGAAGAAAAUCAACAAAAAAAGUGGGAAUCUUUCGAGGAUGAUUAUAAUUCAAGUCAUUGGUGGUCUAAGAUGUGGAUGUCUUGGGCCAUCCCCUUUAUAAAGUAUGUGAACAAAUAUAAGUUCCUUCAGGAUGCUUCUCAAUGCCCUAAAAUGCCAGAAAAUGACAAUUCUGGGCCAACAACAGCAAGAAUGGAGAGGAUCAUGUCUGAGUAUGAAAGAAAGUAUGCUAAUUUUGAUUAUAAGAAAAGCAUGCUGUGGAUAAUACUUAAAACAUUCAAGUUCAAUAUUAUGAAAGUAGUGUUCUGGGGCGUCCUAACAGAACUAAUAGCAGUGUUUAACUUCUGGUAUUCCUCAUUCUUUGUAAGGUGGCUUCAAGAAGACGGAGAGAAUUACCAAGGUUAUCUAUAUGCUAUUAGCUUCGCAAUCUUAUUCUAUACAACCCAAGUGCUUAGAGUUAAUUAUUUCUUCUCUUCAAAUUAUCUUGGAAUUAACUUGAGGAAAGCUAUUUCAUGAGUAAUGUAUAAGAAAGCACUAAAAUUGUCUCAAAAAUCUAAGGCUGUUUCAUCAACGGGGAAGAUGAUUACCAUAGUAUCUAGUGAGCUCCAGACUAUAGAGUUUGGAAUACAAAUGGCACCCUAUAUAAUAAUAGCUCCAAUCUCUACAUUGGUAGCGUUUGCACUCAUCGCAAUCAAUUUUGAAGAAGCUGCUGCUAUUGGGUUCGUUGUUUUCGUCUUAUUAAUUGUUUCUCAAAUUAUUUUAUCAAAAAUUACACUCGGAUGGAAAUUGAAGGAAGGAAAAUUCUCUGAUAAAAGAGUUGAUGUUAUCUCUGACGGAGUUAAUGGGAUUAGAACCAUCAAAACUUAUGGUUGGGAAAAUCCAUUCCAAGAACUUAUUAAGAAUUAUAGAGACAAGCAACUCAAAUACGUCGGAUUCAGCCAUCUAAUCUUCUCUUUUGGACUUGGAAUUUUCAUUAACGGUGGGUUUUUGAUAGCUAUUGCAAUAUUUGGAUACCAUUGGGGGAUGAAUAGGGAGUUUGAUUAUUCAAGAUCUUUAUCAACUAUCUCAAUCCUCAGCUAUAUGUCACAAUACUCCAUCUAUUUCCUCUUCACAGCCUUCAAUGCAAUGGCAAGUUUGAUUGCAAUCUUAGGAAGGACUGGAGAGGUCAUUGGAAUGCAGGAGUAUAAUUCGGAAGGAAGUAAAGAUGAUGAAACUCUUCCUUCCUCAGUUAGGAUUAGUAUCGAGAAUGCCUCUCUUUCAUGGGGUUUCAAGAUAAAAGAUACCACAGGAAGGAAUGAAGUUGAGCAAGACUCUAAGGAUGUUAAUUUAAAGAAUAUUAACUUGACAGCUGAACAAGGACAACUUAUUGCUAUUGUAGGAGCUGUAGGAUGAGGGAAAUCUACGAUGCUAUCUGCAAUGAUGCAUGAGCUGGAGGUUCUAUCUGGGAUCGUCAGGACGAAUGGAACAAAAGCUUAUGUUGAGCAAGAGCCAUUUAUUGUAUCUGGAACUGUGACAGAAAACAUCAUCUUAGGAUCUGAGUUUAACCAAGAACUGUUCGAUAACACCAUCAAAGUUUGUUGACUUGAUACUGAUCUUGAACAGAUGAGUAAUGGAGCAGAUACUAUUAUCGGCGAAAGAGGUAUUAAUGUGAGCGGUGGUCAAAAAGCAAGGAUCAGUCUAGCAAGAGCCAUAUACUCACAAGCAGACAUCUAUCUUCUUGAUGACCCCCUUAGUGCAGUUGAUCCUGAAGUGGCUUCAAAGCUGUUCAAAUAAAUGCAUUUCAGAGCAUCUCAAAGAUAAAUGAGUCGUCUUGGUAACGCACCUGAUCCAAUUUUUAGCAGAUGUUGAAAAGAUCUUAGUUAUUGACGAAAACACAAUCAAGUUAGAAGGGAACUACAACCAGUUGAAAGAGCAAGGAAUGGACUUUGAUGAAAUGCUCAAGGCUUAUCAACCCAAAAAAGAAGAAAAGGGAGAGGAUGAAAUUAUCUUUGAUGAGGAGGAAGAACCUCACUAUCAAUCUGAAGUUUCUCAAGAAUCCCUAAGAAUAGAAACAAAAGAAGAUAAUUUAUCAAAUAGUAUGGCGAAUCUUAAAUCUGAACAACAAGAAGACAUUAAAGAUACAAAAGAAUUGAUAAUGACUGAGAAGGUGGACAAAGGAGUUCUGACUCUGAGAGAUUGGUGGAACUUCUAUAAGUACGGAACAGGUGUAAUUGGCCUCAUCUCUACUCUUGUAUUUACUAUUUGUGGGGCCUUCCUUUUCCUUUGUGUUGGAUACGUUGUUGGUCUUUGGACAAGGAAAGAUUUAGAUGAGCAACAGAAGGCUUACUAUUUCCAUUUGUUCUAUCUCACAAUUAUGUUAUAUUUCACAGCUGUCAUUUUGAGGGCUCUAAUUAUAUGCUUCUCAGCUUUAUUGACAUCAAAGAAUUUACAUUCUUUAAUGAUUUAUAAAGUCUUCAGAGCUCCCAUUAAAUUCUUUGACACAACUCCAAUUGGAAGAAUAUUAACCAGGACUGCCCAGGAUAUUGGUGUUUUUGAUAAUGUAAUGCCAUUGAUUGCCAACUUUGUUUUAAACAAUAUGUUCAGGGCGAUCUCUAUUGUCAUCCUUAUGUGUGUGGCAGUACCUUUUAUCCUUGUCCCAGCCCUAUUAGUUUUAUUUUUGGCAUUAUGGAUCAGGAAAUUAGUAAUUUUACCACAGAAUGAUUGAAAGAGAUACGACUCUAUCACUAAAGCUCCAAUUAAUACCAAGUUUGGAUCUGUUCUAGAUGGUAUGACCUCGAUCAGAGCUUAUGGUAAAGAGGAGUACUUCUCAAAACUAUUUAUGAAAGACGUAGACAUCAAUGCUAAUGUUCUUUUCACUUACCAAGGAGUGGUAAGAUGGAGUCAAGCAAGGCUAGACUUGAUCAGUGUCUUCUUGAUUCUUAUAAAUGGACUAUCUCUUGUUGUUCUGAGUAAUCAUACAAGCUUCUUGAGUGUGGUAUUGGCAUCGCUUUCCUUCCAACUGUCAAUGGAUUUUGGAACAAUUCUUGCGUAUCUUAUCAGAAUGACUGGAGAAUUGGAAAAUCAUAUGACGAAAUCCCAAAGAGUCGUUGAAUACGCUGAAAUGGAGACAGAGGACGAACUAGUUAAAGAAACAGACCCAGAGCACUGGCCAGAGACUCCAGAUAUUUAUUUUGAUAAUGUAGUCAUGAGAUAUAGAGAAGGACUUGAGCCUGUUCUCAAAGGUCUUCAUACAAAGAUUUCAGCCGGAGAAAAAGUUGGAAUUAUCGGACGUACAGGAGCUGGAAAAUCUUCGAUAAUCCAGGCAAUUUUCAGACUUAUUGAAAUCGAGCCAGAUUCAUCGAUUAUCAUUUCAGGUGACAAUAUCAAAGACUUAGGCUUACAUUGUCUCCGCUUGAACAUCUCUUUCAUUCCUCAGACUCCAUUUUUGAUGGCAUCCAGCAUUAGAGAUAAUUUGGAUCCUUUUAAAGCUUACUCAGAUGAUGAAAUAUGGCAAGCUCUCACUGAAGUACAACUUGCGGGUUAUAUUCAAACUCUUGACCAUAAACUAGGCACUCAGAUAGCAGACAACAACAUUGUAUUCUCUGUAGGGCAGAAACAGCUCAUCUGCUUGGCUCGUGCUAUUCUAAGAAACAACAAGAUUUUAAUCUUAGAUGAGGCCACUGCUAAUGUAGAUAUUGAAACAGAUUCAAUGAUCCAGCAGACAAUCCGUGAGAAAUUCAAAGACUGCACCGUGCUUACCAUUGCUCAUAGAAUGGCCACCAUCGCAGACUCCGAUAAGAUCUUGGUGAUGAAAGAUGGCAAAGUCGAGGAAGAAGGUAAACCAAAAGAAAUCUUAGAGAAUAUUGCAAAAAGACGCUCUAAUAUGUCAGAUUAAGAAUUUAAAUUUUUGUAAUUUCUGUUUUGUG